GCUAGACUACGCUUUAGAGGACGCGACGACCCAAGAAGAGAAGGAGAAUCUCGUACAUCAGUAUUUGAACAAAAUAGACGAGAACGAGGAUUUAAAUAUCCCGGAUUUUGAAGAGGGUACAAGUGUAAACGUACUCAGUAGCGGUGGGAGUGUAUACAGAUAGUUCAUCUAAUAUCUAGGCGUGGCUUUGAAACUUAAGAACAAUCCACAAUCAAUUACAAGACUUUAGAUGAAGGACUGAAAUUAUGGAACAUAAUUGGAAUGGCUGAAUACAGAUGGGCCCCUGUCGCUCAGGAAGGAGCUGUCUGGCAAAGUGGUGGUGCUUGACUUCUUCACCUACUGCUGCAUAAACUGCAUGCACCUACUUCCUGAUCUACACCAGCUGGAGCAGAGAUACACCAUAGAAGACGGUCUGGUCGUCGUAGGUGUGCAUUCGGCUAAAUUCCCCAAUGAGAAAGUGCUACAGAAUGUGUGCAGUGCCGUGCUGAGAUAUAACAUCACCCAUCCUGUAGUGAAUGAUGGUGAUGCUCAUCUGUGGCAGGAACUGGAAGUGUCCUGCUGGCCCACGCUGGUGCUGCUGGGACCCCGGGGGAACCUGCUUUUCUCCCUGGUGGGUGAAGGCCAUCGGGAGCAGCUUUUCCUCUUCACUACAGCUGCCCUCAAACACUACAGGGAAAAAGGGCUGCUGAAGGACCAUAGUUUGAGAAUAAAACUGUAUAGAGACUCCCUACCCCCCUCCAUCCUCUUCUUCCCUGGGAAAAUAGCCAUGGACCCCAGCAGCAAGAGAUUGGCUAUUGCCGACACAGGACACCACAGGAUACUGGUUGUCUCCAGUACUGGGCAGGUGCUGCACUCUGUAGGGGGUCACUCAAGUGGAAGAAGAGAUGGAGAUCUGUCUGAGGCACGGUUCUGCUCCCCGCAAGGGGUGUUCAUAAAGGGAGACACGGUUUACGUGGCUGACACAGAGAACCACCUCAUUAGAAAGAUCGACCUUUUAGAGGGAAAAGUUUCUACCUUAGCUGGAAUUGGAGUGCAAGGCACAGAUAAAGAAGGCGGUGCACCAGGAUCACAACAGCCAAUCAGCUCACCCUGGGACGUUACCCUUGGCAACGCAGGUGGUGAUGUAUUGUGGAUAGCCAUGGCAGGAACGCAUCAGAUCUGGGCUCUCUUCCUGGAAGACGGGAAGCUUCCCAAAGGGAGCGAAAGCAAAAAAGGAACAUGUGUGCGCUUUGCGGGCAGUGGGAAUGAGGAGAAUAGAAAUAAUGCAUACCCUCAUAAAGCAGGUCUGGCCCAGCCAUCAGGCCUGGCUCUUGCUCCGAUGGAGCCCUGGGAGUGUCUCUUCAUUGCGGACAGUGAGAGCAGCACCAUCCGCAGCCUUUCCCUAAAAGAUGGAGCAGUCAAACAUGUGGUGGGGGGAGAGAGAGACCCUCUGAACUUGUUUGCAUUUGGAGACGUUGAUGGUAAGGGUGUGGAUGCAAAGCUGCAGCAUCCUUUGGGAGUCUCCUGGGACGAGGGCAGAAGCCUCCUCUAUGUGGCCGAUUCCUACAACCACAAGAUCAAAGUGGUGGAUCCAAAGACUAAGCACUGUAAGGUGUUGGCAGGCUCUGGGGAUGCUGGGAAUGAUCUUGGCCAGGGCUUCCUGGAGUCCAGCUUCAAUGAACCUGGAGGCUUGUGUGUGGGUGAUGGGGGAAAGCUGCUGUAUGUGGCAGACACCAACAACCAUUGCAUCAAAGUCCUGGAUCUGGAGACCAAAACAGUCUCUUUGUUUCCUGUUGUAGGGGAGCCACAGGUUGAUACUAUCCUCAAAACCACUACCAAUGCAGCAGUCCCAAAAAAGCUUCCCAAGCUUCCCAGAUCAGCCCCAGUCCUUACCAUGCCAUCAAUCAAUGUGUCUUCAGGGCAGUCUGUUACUCUCUUACUGAAAUUGGCACUGCCGACUAGGACCAAACUGACUGAAGAAGCUCCUAGUUUCUGGAGCCUGUCAGCAGAAGGUAAUGAUUGGUUACUGGAAGGGCAAGAUGUGACAGGGAACAUCGGUGAUAUCUCCAAACCCAUCUCUAUCCUCUUGUCCAUCCCAGCAGUCCCUCUGGCUCCAAACCCAACAUUAACACUUGAUGCCUGGGUCUACUGCUGCCUUUGUGAGGGUGGGGUUUGUAUGAUGAAGGCGGUGUCCUUCAAACAGCCUCUUAUGAUUGGCCCUACACCCCAGGAAGGUUCUGUUACCAUUGCGCUUGAACACGACUUUUAGAAUAGCCUUGCACCAUCUUCUAUGUUCUGAGCUUUGAGUAUGGAGUGUUUAAUUUAAAAGGAUAGUUCACCCAAAAAUGAAAAUCUUGUCAUCAUUUAUUCACCCUCAUGUUGUUCCGAACCUGUAUGACUGACUUGCUUGCAAAAAGGUAAAUUUUUGAAGAAUAUACUGGCCACUCUUUUCUAUAUAAUUAAAGCAAAUGAAAUGAGUGUGUCUGUCAAGUCUGUAUGACUUUUGCCAUAUUGCCAAUGUCUCCUGAAGUCAAAUGAUAGCUUUGUGUGAAGAUCAGAUCCGAAUUUAAGUUGUUUAUUCCAGUAGGCUAUUAACCACUGCAACCGGAGUAUUGAAUCAGUGAGUUUAACUCGAGAACCGGAUCAGUUUGAUUCAUGAAGCGAUCAUCCUGAUUCAUUGCAAAUAUCCAACUCAGAAGAAUGAUUCAUUCACGACUCUGAUGUCAAAGGAACACGUCAAGGAAAGCUAUGGCGUGUGUCAAGAUUUUCAAAGAAAAAUUACAAAUUUCGGUCCUUUCCGCACACAAAGUUAUCAUAUGUCUUCAGAAGACUUGGAAUAUUAUGCAUAAGUCGCACGGACCACUUUUACUUCACUUUAUGGUGAUUUUGUUUUGUCAUUUUCUGAGCUUGACAGCCCCAGUCCCUGUUUGUUUUCAUUAAAUGAAAAAGGGUGGCCAGGAUGUGUUCUACAAAAAAAAAAAGUCUUACAGGUUUAUUGUGACAUAAUGGUUUGUAAAUUACUUUUUUUUUUUUUUAUAAAAAACUCUUUAUCAUUAAAACCACACACGCCCUGUGUCUAAUAAUACUGUAAUAAUCAGACACAAAUGCUCACAUCAUAUUCAUCACUCUAAUGACGGAUUGAAGCUACUAAUUGUACAGAUCUAAGGCUUGUUCAACAGUAUAUGGAUCUGACUGUCAUCUUGACAAAUUCUGAACUAAAUGACUCUUUAUAAUCAGCAAUAUUUUGUACCCGAACCGUUUUGGUUCCGAGUUCUGUUUUGUGUGUUUGUGUCGGGAGCUGUUGAUUAAGCUUAUGUAAUGCCUUUGUUAAAUCUCCUGAUAUCAUUAUCGGCCAUCUUCAUUCACUCACAAACAUGCUCACAAUAUAAUAUUAGAAAUAUUGUAGUAUAAAAUGUAGCCAGCAGCUCUGCCACCCCUUCAUGGUUUGUUGGCUAAUAUUGUUACCCUCUCCCACUGUAUUUUUCCUCUUAAUGGUAUGACAUAAUCUUGUAAAUGAGCAGUUUGACUUAAUGCUAUUUAAUGGACAUUAUUUAUUGUUUACCAGGCUAAAGUGCCUUUUCGAUGAGCAAUACACUUUCUAAGAAUGAAUUAUGUGUUGGAAAUCAAGCAGCGACAUUAAUUUAUGAAAUCGUGACCCAUUUACAGUUAGACAUUAAAGUUUCUAAAAAAUAAAAGCCUCUCAGAAUGGUUAUGCAUUAACAAGGGAAAUUGUUAUGUAUUUCUGAAGCUGGCUGACACAUAAUAGAUCAUGUGCUCACUGAUCAUUAAUCAGACCACACAAUUCUUCUAGACACUGUGCAGAAAUGGUCACUAAAAUUCUGUUUCUUUUAUGCUUGCUUUUCCUCUGGCGGCCUUAAGGUUCUUGCCCAUAAACUAUUUAAUAAAACUUAUAUGUAUCUUUCUUCCCUCUGUGGGUAGCUGUUUUAUACAGCCUCCAUGUUCUGCAUUUUACCAGAUUAAUUGGAAGCAGAGGUUUAAUAAAAAUUAUUUUC